CACCCUCUCCGGUCGACGGGAGUGACGGCCGCCGCCUCCUCCCCGGUGGCGCCUCCUCCUCCUCCCCCUGGUCCUGGUGGCGCCUCCUCCACAGACUAGCUAGUCAGCUACCAUCAGCGUGUUCGGCUGGCUGCUGCUGCUCGGCUCUCUGUCGCAGCAGCUGUAGCACGCAAGCUGCAGCAGGCAGCAGCUCUCUGCUGCUGCAGCAGCAGCCAGCCGAACGAGCUGCAUGUCGUCGACCUUCUCGUCGCUGGCGUGCUCCUUGUACCGCCGCAGGAUCGUCGAGUGCAAAGCGGCGGCUUACUCCUCGCGGCUCCCUUCCCGCGCGAGGCCGCCCGCGUGCCCCCGUAUCGCCGCCGGCGCCAACACCACCUCAGCGCGUGGUAUUGAUAGUAGCAUAAUCACCAUUCAGACUAUGAAGCGGUGGGAGACCUUGAAUCACAUGGCCUACAAAUUUGGGAGGCUUGACAAGUCUGAUGGAAAGUUGACCUUGAAGAUACUGAGUUCUAUUGUGGAGCGAUCAGGUUUAGACCGAAUUACCUAUAUUUACUGUAUUGCUGUUCCAAUUCUCAUCCAGGCUCAAAUGCAUUCUCAAGCAAUGUCAGUGUUGAAGCAUCUUGCCAUGACAGGCUUCUCCUGCACUGCUAUUCUUAGUUCCCUCUUGCGGACCAUUUCACGUUUUGAUUCCACCAAUCAUGUUGUUUUUGACAUCCUUGUCAAAGCAUAUGUCAAGGAAAGAAAAGUGGUAGACGCAGUUGUGGCGGUUUUCUUUAUGGAUGAUUGUGGAUUUAAGGCUUCAGCUGUUGCUUGCAACACCAUCCUUAAUGCUCUUGUGGAGGAAGGGGAAUCAAAACAUGUCUGGUGGUUCUUGAGAGAAAGUUUGGCCCGUAAAUUUCCUCUGGAUGUUACCACUUGCAAUAUUCUUCUUAAUUCCCUGUGCACUAAGGGUGAAUUUAGAAAGGCUGAAGAUAUGCUUCAGAAGAUGAAGAGCUGCCGCUUAUCUAAUUCAGUUACAUAUAAUACAGUACUACAUUGGUAUGUUAAGAAAGGGAGGUUUAAGGCUGCCUUGUGUGUUCUAGAAGAUAUGGAGAGGAAUGGUAUAGAGGCAGAUGUGUAUACUUAUAACAUCAUGAUAGAUAAAUUAUGUAAAAUAAAGAGGAGUGCACGCGCUUUCCUUUUACUCAAAAGAAUGAGGAAAGAUAACUUAACACCUGAUGAAUGUACAUACAAUACUUUGAUCAAUGGUUUUUUUGGGGAAGGUAAGAUAAACCAUGCUCGCUAUGUCUUCAAUCAGAUGCUGAGAGAAAAUUCGGUUCCAAGUGUAGCUACUUACACUACAAUGAUUGAUGGGUACUGCCGAAAUGGGAGAACUGAUAAGGCCCUUAGUGUUAUGUCUGAAAUGCAAAUUUCUGGUGUCAUUCCAAGUGAACUAACUUAUAGUGCUUUGCUGAAUGGUUACUGCAAACUUUCCAUGCUGGGACCGGCUCUAGAUCUCAUCGAAGAUCUGAAUUCAAGAGGCAUGACCAUCAAUAAGACAAUGUAUACUAUUCUCAUUGAUGGUUUCUGUCAAGUAGGUGACAUUUCCAAGGCUAAACAAAUUUUAAGGAAUAUGCUUGCAGAUGGAAUUGAUCCAGAUGUUAUCACUUAUUCAGCAUUGAUCAAUGGCAUGUGCAGGAUGGCUAAGUUGCAUGACACAAAAGAAAUUUUAUCAAGAAUGCAGAAAAGUGGAAUUUUACCUAAUGAUGUGGUAUACACAACUCUGAUUUGUUAUUACUGUAAGGCUGGGUAUGUCAAGGAAGCACUGAAGCAUUUUGUGGACAUUUAUCGAAGGGGGCUAGUUGCCAAUCCAGUCAUCCAUAAUGCAUUAUUAUGUGCUUUCUAUAGAGUAGGAAUGUUUACAGAGGCUGAGCAGUUUAGACAAUACAUGUCUAGGAUGAAGAUAUCAUUUGAUUCUGUCUCCUUUAACUGCAUCAUAGAUAGUUACUGCCACAGAGGUAACAUAACUGAUGCAUUUUCAGUUUAUGAUGAUAUGGUUAGAUAUGGUCAUUCUCCAGAUGUUUGCACAUAUCAGAAUUUGCUUAGAGGAUUAUGUCAAGGAGGCCACUUGGUACAAGCGAAGCAGUUUAUGUCCUGCCUUCUUGACAUACCUUCUGCUAUUGAUGAGAAAACUUUCAAUGCACUACUUCUUGGGAUAUGCAAAUAUGGAACCCUAGACGAAGCUUUGGACUUAUGUGAGAAAAUGGUCAGAAACAACUUUUUACCUGAUAUCCAUACUUACACCAUUCUUCUCGGUGGUUUUUGCAGGAAAGGUAAGAUUUUGCCUGCAUUCACCUUGUUGCAGAUGAUGUUGGAGAAAGGAUUAGUCCCUGAUACUGUUGCAUAUACCUGCUUGUUGAAUGGAUUGAUCAAUGAAGGUCAAGUGAAGGCUGCUUCUUAUGUUUUCCAGGAGAUCAUAUGCAAGGAAGGCUUGUAUGCAGAUUGUAUUGCCUAUAAUUCAUUGAUGAAAGGGCACCUCAAGGGAGGAAAGUUAAAUACUAUGAAAAGUGUGAUUUCUGAUAUGCAUAAGAAUGAGGUUUAUCUAAACACUGCUAGCUAUAACAUACUUAUGCAUGGGUAUGUCAAGAAGGGACAUUAUUCAAGGUCUUUUUAUCUGUACAAAGAUAUGGUGAGGAAAGGGAUCAGACCAAACAAUGUCACAUAUCGCUUGCUCAUACUUGGGCUUUCUGAGUGUGGGAUGAUUGACAUUGCAGUUAAGUUCUUGGAGAAGAUGGUUUUAGAAGGCAUUUUUCCUGAUAAGUUAGCUUUUGAUAUACUGAUAACAGCUUUCAGUGAGAAAUCCAAGAUGCAUAAUGCGCUACAACUUUUCAAUUCUAUGAAGUGGUUACAUAUGUCACCCAGCAGCAAAACUUAUAGUGCCAUGAUAAAUGGAUUAAUCAGAAAAAAUUGCUUCGACCAGAGUCAUGAGGUUUUACGUGAGAUGUUACAAGGAGGGCUUCAACCAAACCAUACACACUAUAUUGCAUUGGUCAAUGCAAAAUGUCGGAUUGGCGAGAUUGAUGGAGCAUUCAGGCUAAAAGAAGAAAUGAAAGCUCUUGGUGUGGUGCCUGCUGAAGUUGCUGACAGCUCAAUUAUUAGAGGACUUUGUAGAUGCGGGAAACUUGAGGAGGCAGUCAUAGUUUUUAGCAGUAUGAUGCGUUCAGGAAUGGUGCCAACUAUUGCUACUUUCACUACUCUAAUGCAUGGUCUUUGUAAACAAUCUAAGAUUGCUGAUGCUUUGCACUUGAAGAGGUUGAUGGAGUUAUGUAGACUGAAGGUUGAUGUUGUCAGUUAUAAUGUUUUAAUUACUGGUUUAUGCAACAACAAGUGUAUCUCUGAUGCACUAGAUCUUUAUGGAGAGAUGAAAUCUAAGGGUCUUUUGCCAAAUAUUACAACCUAUGUCACACUCACUGGAGCUAUGUAUGCGACACAGAGAAUGCAGGUUGGAGAGAAACUACUGGAGGAUAUAGAAGAAAGGGGCCUUAUUCCAUCUAAGCAUUCUGAAAGUCUCGAAAGGAGGAUGGAAGAUGCAAUUAGAAGGUUAAACAUGAUAAGAAACUGCAGAAAGGGAAUGCCUGUUAAGGAGGUUGAGGUAUUGCCAGUAGAAAGCUUCCAGUGAUUGAAAUUCCGCUGGAACUUACCCAAGUCAAAUGAAUUUUAGCAUUUGACCAAUAUGGUUGGUAGAAAACUGUGGGUACAUUUUCUGGUUUAUGCCCUGUGAUACCUUGUACUGUGACAUUUUAAUGCAAUUUGCCUUAACAGUUAAUUCAGAAAGACAAAAUUUACCUGGGGAGGAACAUCCCAUAUGCUUGCGCACGGGCAAUUUCCAUGUUUGAAUCUUUAUUUGCCUGUGGUUUGUCAUUCACUACAUAAGAACGAACAUAGCCAUACAAGCUGGAGCGCACUUACUCACUAAAGAGAACAUAGACAGAGGCCAUCAGGUGGAGGGUAACAGGCUAACAGCAUCUUGGACUCUUGGUCCCAGGCAGGGGCUACUGAACGACAGACAGGGACAGCAGGUGGUGGAAAUGUUGUCUCGAGCUCAACAUGUGCUUUCACUUGUUGGAGUGAGAAUGUAGUCCUCGCAGAGAUUCAGUAUCAAUCUUAUGUUCCAAUUACCAGGAGCUUUUUAAAUGCCUGUCACUCGAUGAGAAGACCUUGGAUGGACAUUCCAAUGUAUACGAUUUACAAGAUGGAUGGCCAUCACGCGUUCACUUAGUCAAAUGCUUAUGGUUUUUUGUUGGAUCAUUUGUUUGGAUCUCUGAAGCUGGCUCUGCAACAAAGCAGGUAUGAAUUCAUUGGUACUGUUGAAAUAGAAUUUUGUAGUUAAAGGCAGCUGCAGCCUGUUUUCAGGAGAGGAAGAAUUUCUGAAGGGCCGGGAGCAAGAAUGUUCAAUGAAGAUGUAUGCAAUUUUGUGUGGCGAGGCAGCUGAUUUGGAUUUUUGGAUGUGGUGUAAGAGUACAGGGACCUCAGCCAAUCUGAAAUUCAGUUGAAGAGGGAUCUUAAGGCUCAGUUUCUUGGGCUGACUGCGAAUGAAAAACUAAGGGCAAAGCAAGUCACGUCUGAUGACCACCAAAGCAGAAGAGGCCUGUUCAAAGCUUUUCUUCGUGCAGGCAAACGGCAGGAGGAAAAAAAUUUAUUCAGCAACUUGAGGCCUGAUGGUUGUGUUGUACAGGCAUACAGAAAAUGCCUGCUUAACCACUUCAGGGCUCUGUUUGGCCAACCCUCGGCACGAUCCAGUACUCAGAAUUGGGAUUCUCGUGGCAUGGUCAGCAGGAAUCUGGAUAUGAGUUCAGCGAAGAGGGCACGUCAAGCAGGACUGGAGGAGAUCGCAAGCGUGUGGAUUCUCUCAGGCAGCAAGCGUUCGGAGGGCUUUUGGUGGCUUAACGUUUUCCUUGUGUUAGUUACCUUUGAGACUGAGAGCUCCCUUUUGUUUAUGUAACUCAAACUCUGUAAUGACUGGCAUGCUUCUCCCUAAAUGAUAUGGCAGUGCUCCUGCCUUUUUUAAAAAUAAGAUGGAUGCAACUUUAUGUA